AACUCACGACGCGGCGCUUUAAACACGCCCCGCCCCCUUUCCCGGAACAGGAAGUAACCAUCCGCUGCUGACGUUGUUGAUAGUGUCCGAGUACGAAAUAAGCUAUGGCGUCCACGGAUCCGUCCCUGUUGGACAUCACGGACAAAGACGUGCGAGAGAAGCUGUCGCUGUGGGACCGCCGCGGCGAGCCGACCGCCCCGCUGACUGACGCGCAGAGCGACUCGGUGGCGGAGGUCCGAGCCGCCGCGGAGAUCCUGCCCGUCCCAUCAGAGCUCCCCAUCGAGGACCUGUGCAGCCUGUCCUCGCGAUCGCUUCACUCCCCCCUCAGCACCACCGUGCCCGACUCCACUGAGGACGUCCUGCUGAAGGGCUUCCAGAUGCUGGACAUGGAGAACGCCCGGAUAGAGACCGCCCAGCAGUUCUUCUCCUGGUUCGCUAACCUGCAGACGAAGAUGGAUCUGGAGGAGGGGGAGCAGUACAGGAUGACGCGGGAGCACUUCCACUCGUACCAGGAGCAGUGCGACGCCAUCCUGGCGGACGUCCACGCGGCGCUGGACCACCUGGACACGCUCCAGAAGCAGUACCUGUUCGUCUCCAACAAGACGGGCACCCUGCACGAGGCCUGUGAGCAGCUGCUGAAGGAGCAGGCAGAGCUUGUUGACCUGGCAGAGAGCAUCCAGCAGAAACUCUCCUAUUUUAACGAGCUGGAGAACAUCAACACGAAGUUGAAUUCGCCCUCGCUGUCGGUGAACAGUGAAGGCUUCAUCCCCAUGCUGUCGAAGCUGGACGACUGCAUUGAGUACGUGUCUUCACAUCCCAACUUCAAGGACUACCCGGUGUACCUGGCCAAGUUCAAACAGUGUCUCUCCAAAGCCGUGCACUUCAUGAAGAGCCACAUCGUCAACACCAUGCACAACCUCACCAGCCAGCUCACCAAGCGGGACCCUCUGGGCCUGGCCAACGCAGACAAUGCCUUCACCCUGUACUACGUCAAGUUCAGAGCGGCUGCACCGAAAGUCAGAACGCUGAUCGAACAGAUCGAAGAACGGGCGGACAAGAUCCAAGAGUACCACAACCUGCUGGAGGCGGUCCACCAGUGUUACCUGGAUCAACGAGAGCGGCUGCUCAGCCCCAGUAUCACCUCCACCAUCACCGACCUGACCAGCCAGAACAGCAAGGACCACUGUGCCCUGGUCCGCAGUGGCUGUGCCUUCAUGGUCCACGUCUGUCAGGACGAACACCAGCUCUACAACGAGUUCUUCAGCAGACCCUCCCCCCGCCUGGACGAGCUGCUGGAGAAGCUGUGCCUGUCGCUGUACGACAUGCUGCGGCCGCUCAUCAUCCACGUCAUCCACCUGGAGACGCUGUCGGAGCUCUGUGGCAUCCUGAAGAACGAGAUGCUGGAGGACCACGUCCACAACAACGCGGGCCAGUUGGGGGCCUUUGACGCGGUGGUGAAGCAGAUGCUGGAGGACGUGCAGGAGAGGCUGGUGUACCGGACCCACAUCUACAUCCAGACGGACAUCACGGGCUACAACCCCGCGCCCGGAGACCUGGCCUACCCAGAGAAGCUGGAGAUGAUGGAGAGGAUCGCCCAGAGCCUGAAGGAGGAGCAGAUCAAGCUGCUGUCCCAGGAGGCCUCCUUCUCCGACGUCCGCCUGGAAGACCCCGGCUCGCGGCGGAGCAGCACCGCCAGCGUGACGGACGCGUCGCGGAUGCAGGCCUCCAUCUCCCCGGCGGACCUGCACGGCAUGUGGUACCCCACGGUGCGCCGCACGCUGGUCUGCCUCUCCAAGCUGUACCGCUGCAUCGACAGAGCUGUGUUCCAGGGUUUAUCUCAGGAGGCGUUGUCGGCCUGCAUCCAGUCGCUGCUCAAGGCCUCGGACAUCAUCCUCAAGAAUAAGACUCAGGUAGACGGGCAGCUCUUCCUGAUCAAACACCUGCUGAUCAUGCGCGAGCAGAUCGCCCCGUUCCACACUGACUUCGCCAUCAAGGAGAUCUCCCUGGACCUGAAGAAGACCCGAGACGCUGCCUUCAAAAUCCUCAACCCCAAGGCUGUUCCCAAAUUCUUCCGACUUAACAGUCACAACGCCAUCCUGGAGUUCCUGUUGGAGGGGACCCCAGAGAUCAAGGAGCACUACAUUGACUCUAAGAAGGACGUGGAUCGCUACCUGAAGCUGAGCUGUGAGCAGUUCAUCCAGCAGCAGACGCACAUCUUCGUAGGAACUCUGGAGGAGCUGCUUGCCAAGGUUGCGGCUCUGAAGACCAUGGCCAUCGAGGGCGGGCCCACAUACAACCUGUCACAGCAGCCCUGGGCCCAGCCAGCCAAGAUCAACGAGAUAGUGACGGCGACCUACCGCGUGAUGAAGGGCAAGCUGCCGGCCACGCUGCAGAGCAUGUCUCUGUACCUGGCCAACAGGGACACCGAGUUCAUCCUCUUCAAGCCCGUCAGGAACAACAUCCAGCAGGUGUUCCUGAAGGCCCACGCCCUGCUGCAGGAGGAGUACAGCGGGGAGGACCUCCAGAUCAUCGCCUGCCCCUCCAUGGAGCAGGUUAACCUGCUGCUGUCGGUGAGCAAGUAGCCGGCGGCGGCGCAGCCGCGACGUAGCGGCGCUCGCUGAUCGGAGCGGCCGGCACAGCCCAGGGGGCGGGGCUCGCUCCGUCGACCCAGCCUCUAGACACCGGGCUGGGGGCGGGUGGGGGGGGGGGGGGGCUCUGAGGACCGCCCGGCCGCAGUGACGACGAAGACGAAGAGGGACGGUGAAGAAGACGAUGGCGAGGAGCACCCAGACGUACCCCACCGACGCGGCCGGGGUUUGGGUUUAUACGGCGGACUGCGGUGGACCAGACGCACACGGCGCCGUCUGGGUUGGGGCUCGGGUCGGGGAGCUCGACCGUGGAACGCCUCACGAAGGAGACGUCUGCUGUGUGGGCGGGUUCUCUUUGGAGGGGCGGGUUCUCGUCUGAGGGGCGGGUUCUUGCUUUGAGGGGCGGGUUCUCGCUUUGAGGGGCGGGUUCUCGUCUGAGGGGCGGGUUCUCGCUUUGAGGGGCGGGUUCUCGCUUUGAGGGGCGGGUUCUCGCUUUGAGGGGCGGGUUCUCGCUUUGAGGGGCGGGUUCUCGCUUUGAGGGGCGGGUUCUCGCUUUGAGGGGCGGGUUCUCGUCUGAGGGGCGGGUUCUCACUUUGAGAGGCGGGUUCUCGUCUGAGGGGCGGGUUCUCGCUUUGAGGGGCGGGUUCUCGCUUUGAGGGGCGGGUUCUCGUCUGAGGGGCGGGUUCUCGCUUUGAGGGGCGGGUUCUCGUCUGAGGGGCGGGUUCUCGUUCUGGGGGCGGGUUUUUUCUUUUUGUUUUUUGUUUUUCCUCGGUUCAGUUUCAAAUGUACUCUGACAUCAUAACACUAUUGGGAGGGAAAAGGGAAAACUAGAAUAAGCAGCGGGUCGACCACGAGGGCGAGGUUUGGGUGGAUCGGGUGAGGACAACGGCCCUCCUGCGGGCCCCUGAUAUAGGCUCCAAGGGCCCUUCAUCAGGCGGCUAAUGGACAACAAGGGGCCCGCACGCGGCCGCCCGCCGCCUAAUGGAUUCAGGGGCUGAAGGAGACGCAGCCGCCCCCGCCAUCACCGCGCCUCUCCUCCUCUCAUCUGUAGCCCGUCUGGAGAGAGUUCUGGAAGGAUCCCGCUCACCCGGCCGUCACGACCCAUCGUCGUGACGGCCGUCACUGGGCCUCGUCCGUCUGAGUCCUCCCCGUCCGAAUGCAGCUGCUCCGCUGAAGAUGAUGAAGAUGAAGUGUUUGUUUGUUUUUAUGUUUUCUACGUUUGUACAUGUCCUGCGUCCCCGGUCUGAGCGGGGCUGGGUCGUGGUGGUGGAGGUUGUGCACUCCUGUCGCAACUGAGAAAUUGAUGAGUAGCUAAUGUUUGGUUUGAUUGGUUUCUUUUCUUAUAGGAUAAGAGGAGUUUAAUAUGAAAGCGGCAUUGUUGACCUGGACUCUGCUAUGUAAAGUGGUGUAUAUACUCAAACUAUUUAUGAAGCCUUUUGAUUAACAAACCCCCAAAAAGUUGGAACAACGUGUUGUCUGCGUCUUUUGUUCUCCAUGAAGAAAGAUAUUCACGUUAGAAACAUCUCUGAGCAGAUACCCGUGAUAGGUUUGCCAACGAACACACCAGGUAUACAAUUCGGUUGGCUCAUCCAGGAAGCCCCACAGCCGACAAAAGAGGGCUCGCGCCUUCAUCCCCAAUCCAUGUCGCGCCAUCUGAACAAGAGGUACAUAAUGACCUUUGACCUUCCCAGAGGAGGCCACCUCUCGACGACCACUGGUGAGGAAGCAGGAGCUCUGGAGCAAGGCAGACUUCUGCCCUAGAUGGCCCUUUUAUGUCUGCCUCAAGCCUCCAACUUAGUUCACCGGAGAAGGCAGCGCCACAGUCACAAGACCCCACCAAAGCAGAGCUCGGGUGUAGAUGCUGACUCUGGGUACUGCACGGAGACGCAGAGACAAAGGUGUCACACGGAGGCUUCUUACAGGAGCCAACGCCGAAGCUCCGCUGCUUAACAGAGCAGACGCCGCUUUGAUCCCAGCCUUACAUAAUGCAUCAUCGGGAGUCUGCACCCGAUUAAACCCUGGCUGUAUUGAUGCAGGGAGACAAGUCGGGGUGCGUUGGAAUCCAGGUGCUUAUUAUGCACUCC